CUGCCACUCAUGGUGGCAUAGUUCAAACCAUAGGAAGAUGGUCGACAGUGAAGAGUUCUCUUGAUGCUAAUUCAUUUGUGGGAGUAAAUAGUGUGGUUAAGUAUGAUGAAGAUGAUGUUCAGACCGUUCACAAAGCCUUAAGAGGUUAUGACUCCAGAGCUUCAACAACAUGAAGACUGUUUUUGUACUUUACUGCCUCCUAUUUGGUAAGUAUUUAAAUAACUUACACAUCAUUUAACAGAACUCAAAGAUGCUUAAUAAGUGUUGUUGGGUGAUGUAUUUCGGCAGCUACAUGGAGAGUGGGAGCAGAUAUCACUGCUGAGGGAUUUGAAACCGGACAAGUCUCGUUCCAGUGUUCACACAGAUUUGCACAGAGAAAUAAUAAAUACCUCUGUGAGAACUCCUGCACAAGAAAUGAAGACGUUCUUCUUACUGUAAAACCUGGGGAACGAGUGGGGUCCGAGAGGAUAACUCUGGAAGACUGGGGUGAUGGGGUCUUCACUGUGACCUUCAGUCAACUUCGGCUGACAGACUCAGGGACAUACUGGUGUGGAGUGAAUAGGCCUGGUGCUGAUACGUUUACUAAGGUGCAUCUUAUUGUAAAAGAAGGUAGGUGGUUUAUUUUAUGCUCCCACUCACUUCUUUUCUUUCAUUUAUCAAAACACAUUUUUUCAUCAGUGUAAAGAGGAACCAUGUGUGUAGUUCUUGUGCUGGUCUUUAGUAGAAUUCAGAGGCAGAGGUCACUAUAGCAGUGUGUUUCCAUCAGUGUUGUGGUUAAUUUGACUGCAGUGAUCUAUCAUGUAUGUGUGUUGAGGAAAACUGGUUGAUUUGGCCUCCAAGAGUUGAGUCCAAGAAAUAAAAACAGUGACCGGGAAGAUGUCUAUAAUGUGUUUCACAAAUCUGUAACUUCCACAGAUUUCCCCCUUGAAAAUCAACCUACUCAAACAUUUAAAGGUUGGCAAGGCUAGACUCAAUAUCAAGUUAAUAAAGGUUAAAGAUAGUGGCACAAAUGUAUGUAUCACUGACAUUUUGUCCCUCUCUGGCUCAAAAGCAUACCUAUAAACAUCAGUUUUAUCUCACAACAGGAAACCUCUGGACCAAACUGAAUUGUUCCUCUUCUGCCUUGCGAGUGUCUCACUUUUCAUUUCCCUUUUCUUCAUGACAUUUACUCUCAUCCUUGAACUGCGGACCUAUAAACCUGCUUCACUGUUCCCAUUUUUUAGUGACCUGUCUUUCUAUCAAAGCUGCUUGAAGGUCAUUUGACCAAAAUAAAUUGCAUACUGCCUGUAAUUCUCUGCACAUAAAUCCUAUUUUCCUGCCUGCACUACAAUUACACUUGUACUAAAAAAAAGGAGUUAAAACAAGCCCCACCUUUAAUUUCUAAUACAAAAAAGUCCUGCUUGCACUUUAACGCAUCUGCAUUAGCAAUCUAAUGCUAUUUAUGACCAUAUUUUGGCAAAACAAGUAUUUAAAUUCACUUUAAUGCCACUGCAGGACUUUUAUGUGAAACUAAAUAUACUUUAAUGAAUAAUGAUGCUUCUUUAUGAGCUAUAGAAGUAAACCAGACAUAAAGCUAAAAGACAGUAUUUGUAUAAAAUAAUAAAUAAUGAUUGUAACUUAUGAAAAAGGGUAAGUGAAACAAGACAAACCAUGGCAAGCUAUGGUUUGACUGAGUUGAUUCAUUUGAAGCUUAAAGGUCAAAAAGGAUUGGUCAGAAAUGUAGGACGAAAAAAGAAAAAAAAGAAAAAAAAAAGGGGGGGGGGGGUGCUUAAUGGUGAAUUUACACAUCUAGUGGAUCUGAACUGAUCUUAUGCUUCUGCUCCCUAUCAUACAGGCAUUGUCAAUGCAACAGCGUUUAUCACACCUAGACCUUUCCCUUCAUGGACAUAUCAGAAUAUGUCCAGUGUAACACAACAAACACCUGAAGUUAAAACCAGCUGGCCCACAACAGGUAUGGACACAAAUGUCACAAUGCUCUUAUUCUUACAAUUUUUGAACAAACUAACAGUAAUCAUUUACUUUAUAUUGUAGCAUCAAACUUCACCAAUGGGAGAGAGCAGAGCAACAGCAUAGGUGAGUUUAAGUGUGUGGAGUUUGUGCAUAAUUACCAGAUAAAACAACUGUGGAAUUAUUAAGUCAUCUUUAUGUUUUGGAUCAGGCACUACACUGUACAUUACAGUCGGCGCUGUUAUUGGUUUUACCAUUAUCCUCGUGGCUGCGUGGUUCAGGAAACGCAGAGACAGCUCAAAACCACAACUACAAGUUUGCACCGAAAGCACAGAUCUCGUCAGUGCAAGUAAAAGAGAGGUAUGAGACAGAAACCAGGGUUCAGUAAACCAGGAAGUCAUCUCACAGAGACACAGAAGGGUCGUCUUGAUGGUGAUUUAUUCAGGCUGACAACAUCCAAGUUUAUUUUCUGUGUUCCAGAGACGCAUAAAUGGGGUUCUUCCUGAUUUCUACAAGUUGUUAUUUCUCUUUUUUUCUGUAAUCAGUGAGGUCCUGUGUCCACAACCCUUUUUUUUUGUGUGCCUGCAGAGGCCGUAACCUCAAUCAUAGUGUGUUUCUCAGUAGUGCUUACUGUAGCUGGGCUAAAAAUUUUUUCCUUCAGCUCCCACUUCUAUGUAGUAGUGAUGAUAGAGCCUGUUUUUUAAUGCUUUGUGUGCUCCACAUUUUAUCAGUUGUUUCAUAUAAAAUAACUGAUAAAUCAAUCUAGUCAUAGCACUAGCUGUAUUUCUGACCUGGAAAUUGUGUCUUGAAAUACGGAGUAUAACUAGUUUCUCCCCCUUUGUGGACCCCUGCUGUUUUUGACCAAAAUGGUAUCAGAAAUCCCAUCCCUUCUUGUUUUUUGUUAAAUUAACUCUUAUUUCAACAACUACGUCAUUCUCCAUCAUGACCAUAAAUUAAUCUGAGCAUGUUUGAAAUGUCAUCAUUUUAUCAGUGCUGACAAACUUUCACUAACCAAAUUUAGACACUAACUAUUUUUGUUUAAAUGUUGACUUAUAUCUGUCACUUUGUACAAAUUCAAUGGUGUGAAUGCUUUACUCAGCUGAAUAAAUAGAUGGUGAAAAUCAGUUUGAAGUACAUGUCCUGAUUAUUUUUCCUUGUUAUUUUUUAACAGAUGGACUGUGAGCAUCGUAGUGAUAGUGAGGCGAUACAAUCAAAGAGAAAAGUAUCCACUGAUCUCUCUUUUACUCACAAACCAGCGCAGGAUCCACCAACAGCUGAGCUCACAGCAGUAAAGUGCAGCGAUCCCCUUCAUAUCUAUGAAAACAUCAGCUUCAAAAAUGCUGCAGAUUCAACACACUCAACUGUGAAUUUUGGAGAGGAACAUGUCGACAGCUCUGGGGUCUACAUUGACCUUUUGCCAUUCACAGACAAUGAAAAUGCAGAUGAUGGCUGUCUUGACAGAAACACAAAUAAAACUAUGGCAACCAGAAAUGAAACAAAGAAAUCUGUAAAGAAGAGCUGUAAAAGCAAAGUCUCAACUUGUGACUCCUCAGAAACAAGGCCCACAUCUCUCUGGUUUGGUUUGGAUUUAUCAGGAACAAUUUGACUCACUCUCAAAGGAGUGGAAAGACUGAUUGGGACAUUUGGGGACGACUGGACUGUAUGACCAACCUUUUUUUUUUUUUUAUUGCUAAUAGAUGUGUGUUUUCUAUACAGGUGUUACUUCAAGGGUCGUAAUGUUCCAUGAUUGUAUGUUGUACUUUGUGUUUUCUAUGGUCUGGUUGUGUCUGGCGUGUGUGUGGUGUGGGUGUGACGACAUUGUUGCCUAUCUUUCAUGUAAAUUAGGCGUGCCAUUGCAUGCUCCUGAUUGGCUGUGGACAGGUGGUGGGCUGCUGCAGAGCUGGACUAUCAAUUUAAGGAGGGAAAGUGACGUCACUAUGGCUUGGGGGGAAACCCGUGACCUCAAAGUCCCAGUCAUGUCACCUUCGUGUGGAGAGCUCAGAUGCUUUUGGUUAGUUGUUAGUUUUCUCAGUUAUUGUUACUUAUCUUCAUUGCACUCAGAGGAGGUGACCAUUCUUUGUUGUCCUAUAAUCAUUUUUUUUUUCUUUUUUUUUUUGUAAAAAAAAGUUGUUCCAUUGUUUAAACCUUGAAAGUUUUUAUGUGGUUAUUUAAGAGGUGAGUGAAAUGGGUCCACUUUCAUGUUGUGUCCUAGCCACCCCUUACAUCACAACAACAAGGAUUUUCCGGGAAUGUACUUUUUCAUGUCUUUGGAUUGAUUCACAUGCACGAUGUGUCUGUGUGUCUGCAGUGACACAAUAAAAGGACAUUUUUUAGCUAACUACAUUACAGUGGGUGUAGAACUUUUGACAACUAAUAUUAUGCUUUCCCAUCAAAAUGUCAAAGUUUUACCAAUUAGUAUUUAUAAUCAACAACCACUAUCCAGUGCGGUGUGUGUGUGUGUGUGUGUGUGUGUGUGUGUGUGUGUGUGUGUGUGCAUAGAUGGAAACAUUGAUAAAAGAUAUUUAUUAUUAUUAUUAUUAUUAUUAUUAUUAUUAUUAUUAUUAUUAGUAGUAGUAGUAGUAGUAGUAUUAUUGUUAUUAGUAUUAUUAUUAUUAUGUUAAAAUUAAUAUGGAGGCCCAAAAGCUGGUUGUGGAUACAUGAGGUCAGGUUUGUAGAAAAUGAAUGAGAGGUGAUCAGACAGAGAGGGCGUCUGUUGCAGGGUUUCAGUUCAUGCUGCCUGACUUUUCCAUAGAGAUGUGUUCCAGUAAUAAAGUUUCUUAUUGAGUGAUAGUUGUCUGUGUUUCAUCUCCCAGUUCAUGAGGAUAGUUUCCUUGGGAAUAGUUAUGGUGAUGAGUAAAGUUUUAUUAAUUGAUCCAUUUACUGUAAUUGUUUAAGUGUCAUCAUGGAAACAGAGUAUGGGGCAAAGGGGGAUGCAGCAGCCCAUGAGGGUUGAAUUGGAGUGCAGUGCCAGAUUGCAUGGCUGUUAGUGUCGAGGGUAUUUUGAGUGUAAUUCAUGCAGAUUAUUGAGGUAAAACCCAUUUUAAACAUUUUCUGCCCAGUGAGGUGCGUUCUCUGAAGUAUCUUGUACUGUAUUAGUUGCAAAUUAGCUUUAUUUGACAUCCAGCCCAUAAUUUUGGAGAUUGGGUUUCUGAAAUUGGCAUCAGGAGCAAUGGGCAGGUCAUGUUCCCAUUUUAUUGUUAGAAAAGAAAGAGCAUUGUCAGAGUUUAUUAUUCUAUAGAUUUCGGAGAGGAGUUUUUUUUUUUUUGUUUUUUUUUUGAGCUGAUAUUAAUAAAAUCUGAUGAAGGGAGAUCAUAGAUGCUGGUGGUGGUAAGGUUACAUGUGGUUUAAAUUGAUGAUUCAAGGCGUAGAUGUUUCAGGGAUCGAAUGCUCCUGGUGCUGUAUUCCUGGACCAGAUGGGAGAAUAGGACGAGUGUGUUAUUCUGAAAAAUAGUGUGUGAUUUCUUUUUCUGACCAUAAAUGGAAGGGGAAUGGUUCUUGGUCACCCAUUAAAUUACAUUCUUGAACUGUUUUUUCUUUGCAUGACUCUUUUUUUUAAGACAAAGCUGCUGAAAUCUUAAACACUUAAAUCGUAGCCUCAUCAGUUUUCAUGUAUUGAUUUGCAUUUUAUCACAUUUGAGUCUUCUAUCAAGAAAAGAUCCUUGAUCUGCUUUUUUUAAUUACUAGAGCUAUCACAGAAUUAGCAUUAAUAAUAUCACAAAAAUGUUCUUGUUUCUUGUCUUCAUGUCCACUGUAUUCAACCAGAGAAAAUUUUUUUUACACAUGUGAUCAAAAUGUCUUUUCAACAUUUUUUUUUACACAAUGUGGUUGAUCAGGUGAAAAUAAGCGUGUGUGGUUUCAAACUUUUUUGUGGAUUAAGUUAUUUAAUCUUGUGUUUCUGGUCAGUUAAAGCGUGAAAAUGCUACCAGCAGUUACAGACUGAUGCAGUAUAUCAAAGGUGGUGAUUCUGGUGCCUCCUGGUGGUCAUAUCAGUAUGAGACAAACACUUGUAACGCUGAGCAUGGAUGCACCUCACUAAAUGAAACUCUCUGCUCAUAAUGUCCUUACAUUUACUCCUUGGCUUUUGAUACAUUGUAGUGUCAUUUUUUAUUUUUUUUAUCAUCUUAGCACUUGCCGUGAGCCUGCUUAUUUAUAUACUUGUUUAUUCUUUUGCAUGAAUGUAUUUCUGCUCACUUUAUCUUUUUCUUUGAUUGUUUUAUUUGUUUUUAUGUGUCAUUGUUCGGCACUUUGGCUACCCUUGUGGUUCUUUUAAAUGUGCUAUAGAAAUAAAGUUGAUUGAUUGAUUGAUUUA